AGGAAGUGAAACGCAAACAGUCUUUGUGUCUGAGAGGAGAAAUGGCGCAGAAAGGAGUUGAUCUGGAUCAAGAAACCUUCUGCUGUUCCAUCUGUCUGGAUCUGCUGAAGGAUCCGGUGACUAUUCCCUGUGGACACAGCUACUGCAUGAAGUGUAUUCAAGGAUUCUGGGAUGAAGAGGAGAAAAUCCCCAGCUGUCCUCAGUGCAGGAAGACCUUCAUACCGAGGCCUGUUGUGGUGAAAAACAACAUGUUAGCAGAUUUAGUGGAUCAGCUGAAGAAGACUGGACUCCAAGCUCCUCCUGCUGAUCUCUGCUAUGCUGGACCUGAAGAUGUGGUCUGUGAUGUCUGCACUGGAAGAAAACUGAAAGCCAUCAAGUCCUGUUUGAUCUGUCUGGCCUCUUACUGUGAGAAACACCUUCAGCCUCAUUUGGAUGCAGCUGCAUUCAAGAAACACAAGCUGGUGGAACCCUCCAAGAACCUGCAGGAGAACAUCUGCUCCCGUCAUGAUGAGGUGAUGAAGAUGUUCUGUCGCACUGAUCAGAAGUGUAUCUGUUAUCUCUGCUCUGUGGAAGAACAUAGAGGCCACGACACAGUCUCAGCUGCAGCAGAAAGGACUGAGAGGCAGAGAGAGCUGGAGGAGAGUCAGGGCGGGGGGCCCUGCUCGGGGGGGGACGUCCAGCAGUGCUGGAUUGGCUGCCCAUCUACACCUGGGGCUGGGAUCAACCCUUCUCUGGCUCCUGGACGGGGCGGGGCAACCCCCUUGGGGGCCCCCGGUCACUCUGGGUGUCAUCCACUGGGGCUGCGGGGUCUGGGGUGGAGCUUGUCGGCCCUGUGCUGUGGGGGAGUUUGACGGGUCGGGGUCUGC